CUCUCUCUGAGUAGUAGUUUCGUUUCUUCGCAAUGUUAGUAGCAGUGUCAUCUUCAUCUUCUAGAUUCUUCUCCUCUUCAAUCGGAAAGGCUUAUUCGCUUUCUAGAUCCUCGAUUCCUUCGUUUUCUCGUUUACCAGUCCGAUCAAUGGCCGAUUCUGCUUUCAAGAAAAUCCAGAUCCAAAGAGAUGACACCACGUUUGAUGCCUAUGUGGUUGGUAAAGAUGAUGCACCUGGGAUUGUGGUGAUUCAAGAAUGGUGGGGUGUUGACUUUGAGAUCAAGAACCACGCUAUGAAAAUCUCUAAACUUGAGCCUGGUUUCAAAGCCCUUAUACCCGACUUGUAUCGAGGAAAGGUUGGUUUGGAUACUGCUGAGGCGCAGCAUCUAAUGGAUGGUCUUGACUGGCCAGGUGCCAUUAAGGAUAUACGCGCUUCUGUUAAUUGGCUUAAGGCUAAUGGCUCCAAGAAGGUUGGUGUGACUGGAAUGUGUAUGGGGGGUGCACUAGCUGUAGCUAGCUCUGUUUUGGUACCAGAGGUGGAUGCUGUUGUUGGAUUCUAUGGAACCCCUUCCUCGGAGCUUGCAGAUCCAGCAAAAGCCAAGGCACCUAUUCAGGCCCAUUUUGGAGAGCUUGACAAUUUUGCCGGUUUCUCUGAUGUCACGGCAGCGAAGAAUCUCGAAGAGAAGCUCAAAGCUUCGGGAGUAGCAAACGAGGUUCACAUCUAUCCAGGGAACGGGCACGCGUUCUUGAACAGGAGUCCAGAAGGAGUGAGCAGAAGGAAAAGCAUGGGACUUUCUGAUGAAGACGAAGCCGCUGUGGAGCUUGCUUGGUCUCGCUUCAACUCCUGGAUGAAACAUUACUUGACUUGAAAGCUUUCGUCUCUGAGACAAUACUUCAUUUUUAAGUCCCGUGAUGAUACCCCCAGUCAUCUCAAAUAAGGACAUUACCCUUAGGACUCUUGUCUUGUCUGAAUCAAAUAAAGGUGUAUGUUUGCUUGUGGAAAAUGUUCGAACCUUUUUUUGAUAAAAUUCCAACUGAUAUCGAUGUGUCUCUCCUCUCGUCUUUGUCUUUGUAGUUAACUGCCAAAGUCUGUUAUCAGCUUGUAAGUGCUCAAUAAUGAAUACAUGGGGGAACCA